GAUAGUGUUCGGCGAGACAAAAAUACACAAUAAAGAAGAAGAAGAAGAAGUGUCAGGUCACUGUCAAAAUAGAAGAAUAUUUUUCUGCAGAAAAUUGUACUUCGAAAUUAUGGCUGAAUUUAUCAAAGCGACUACUGGCCUAACCCGCCUGGUCGUCUCAAAAAAUCCUCACCACACUCUCACGUCCCUGUACGGAAAAACGUUGAGAGCCCUAGCAAAGAUGCCACCAACAGCGGCCUAUCGAAUCCACACCGAGAAAAUAAUCACGGAACGGGCCAGAAUUGUUGCUAAUAACCAAAAUGUCGGCGACGUGGAAAACAAAAUCAAUUGCGGUCAAAUCGAAGAGGUGAUUGUCCAGGCGGAAAAUGAACUUUUACUGGCGAGAAAGAUGUUGGGUUGGAAACCAUGGGAACCUUUGGCAACUGCGGCUCCACCACAACAGUGGGACUGGCCACCAGCACAAAUUAAGUCAUUGUCGCAUUGAAUGUGGAAUGAUUUCAUGUCGGUGAAAUAGUUUUGAUGUUAUAAUGGAAUACGCAACCCAGUUUGUUUGAUGGAUAUGAUUGCAUCUGGUGGAAUAAAAUUUUAGUUGUUCCAAA